CUCCCCUCGCCUCCGUCCCGGGCAGAGCCGCAAGCAGCCGCUUCCCGCUGCGUCGGUCCUGGACUGCAGCUCGCUGGCGGCGAGGGCAACAAGCAGCGGCAUCUUGGAGCGUCGUCUUUCCCGAGUGCCCUUUCAUCUCUCCCAGCCCGCUCCUCUCUCGUACCUGCAGCCUUUCCUUCCCCUCCACUCCUCCUACCUGGCUGUUCCUCCUUUUCUCCCCCUUCUCUUCCCGUUUUCUGUUUGCUGGGGUGUUUUUGCUUUCCUGCUCUUUCUUCUUCCUCCACCCCGUUCUUUUUUGGACCCUCUUCGUCUAGUGCCUCUUAAUUUCUCGAUUUCUUCUGAUUUUUUUUUUUCCUUGGACUUUGCCUUGUCAUGUCAAGAUGGAAGUCAGGCAUGACUGGCUCUCCUCAUCCCCCCACGAGGGCUUCGAGCAGAUGAGGCUGAAGAGCAGACCCAGGGAGCCUUCCCCAAGCCUCACCAGAGUAGGUGCGAACUUCUACAGCACCGUCAAGCAGCAGGACUACAGUGCCAGUGUCUGGCUGAGGAGGAAAGACAAACUGGAGCACUCCCAGCAAAGAUGCAUUGUGAUCUUUGCACUGGUAUGCUGCUUUGCAAUUCUGGUUGCACUGAUAUUUUCGGCAGUGGAUAUUAUGGGAGAAGAUGAGGAUGGACUCUCAGAAAAGAACUGUCAAAAUAACUGUCGGGUUGCUCUUGUGGAAAAUAUUCCUGAAGGGAUCAACUAUUCAGACAGUGCACCAUCCCAUUUGUCUCUUUUCCAAGGCUGGAUGAAUUUGCUUAAUAUGGCUGAAAAGUCUGUUGACAUAGUAUCUUCCCAGUGGGACCUCAAUCACAGUCAUCCAUCAGCAUGCCAGGGUCAGCGUCUUUUUGAAAAAUUGCUUGAACUGGCAUCCCGAAAUAUUGAGAUAAAACUGGUGAGCGAUAUACUGCCAAUGGAAUCAAAGGUAUUAAACGACUUGAAAACAAAGGGUGCUGAAGUGUUGUAUAUGAACAUGUCAGCAUAUAAUGAAGGUCGGCUUCAGUCAUCUUUCUGGAUUGUUGAUAAACAGCACGUGUACAUUGGAAGUGCCAGCCUAGACUGGAGAUCACUGGGACAGAUGAAGGAACUUGGCGUCAUCGUAUACAACUGUAGCUGCCUGGUCCUGGAUUUACAAAGGAUAUUUGCCCUGUAUAGCUCAUUAAGAUACAAGAAUAAAAUACCUCCGAGUUGGUCUAAGAGACUAUACGGAGUGUACGAUACUCAGAAUAAACUGACGCUGCAGCUGAAUGAGACAAAAUCAGAAGCUUUUGUGUCGAAUUCACCUAAACUCUUCUGCCCAAAGGACAGAGUCCUGGAUAUUGAAGCUAUAUACAGUGUUAUCGAUGAUGCGAAACAGUUUGUAUACAUAGCUGUCAUGGACUACUUGCCGAUCGUCAUUGACACCAAUGCUAAACGGUACUGGCCAUAUUUAGAUGGGAAGAUCAGAGAAGCAUUAGUUUUACGAAGUAUUAAAGUACGACUUCUCAUAAGUUUCUCAAGAGACACAGAUCCCCUUACUUUUAACUUUGUUUCGUCUCUGAAAGCUAUUUGCACUGAAGUUCCAAGCUGUAGUUUGAAAGUUAAAUUCUUUGACCUUGAGGAGGAGAGCGCAUGCUUUCUUAAAGAACAGAAGAACACUUCACUUCCCAAAUUAAAUCGUAACAAAUAUAUGGUGACUGAUGGAGCUGCAUACAUUGGUAAUUUUGAUUGGGUAGGAAAUGCUUUUACGCAGAAUGCUGGAGCUGGCCUUGUUAUCAACCAAGCAGACGCGGGGAACAGCACAAGCAUCAUUAAGCAACUCAAGGCUGUUUUUGAAAGGGACUGGUAUUCACAUUAUGCCAAAAGUUUACAGCCAACAAAAAUCCCAAACUGCUUUAAUCACAAACUUAAUAAAGCAACAUCAAAUAAGACUGCCAUGAGCAAUGUGAAUUAGAAAGACUAUUUUACUGUUUAGUAUGGCAAUGAAGAAUUACGUUGGGGUGUAGCUCUCUUUCAUAUUUACAGACAAAAGACUUAAAGAAAAAGCAAAAAAACCCGUUUGGUUUGGGGGGGUGUUUUUAGGAAAAAGCACACUUAUAUAAAAACUGUCUAAACUAUAUUCUCUAUAUUGAAUUAUUUAAGACUUACAAGUUUGCUACUUCUGACACUGAAUGUCAUUUCUGCUUCCAUGUUAAUUUUAAUGUUCUGUGUUUGAAUUUAACAGCAUGUGUCAAUUUUUCUGUUUCAGUUUUAGGACUUCCCCUAAUUGCCAUCCUGGCUAGAACGAACCUUGAGGCAAAACCAAGAUUCAAGCUAUGAAAUGGCAUUCUAAGAUCAGUUAUUAUUGACAUACAAGUAGAUGGUAGGUUUACUGUAUUAGAAAACAUAAAGGAAUAAGCAAACUUUCACACAUAUAAAUCCUUCCCUUUAAAUAAAUACCCAGUCAUGCAAAUACUUCCUAGUUUUGACCAUUCAGUUUGAGUAUCACUCUUCCAUGUCUUUUAACUAGCCUUAAAAUACAUCAGAGUUACAUGACUGAUAAUUCAUUCAUCUCCUAAAAGUAUGAGGAGGUUUUGAGGGAUUGGGGUUGACCUCAAAUUUGUCAUAAUCCUUAAAGCCUCUCAGAUAAAUGGAUUUUUUUAUCAAAAUAAUGUGGAUUCCUUUCAACAUAAGAGUUAUUUCCAAUUAUACAUGUUUCAUCUAACAAUGAAAAUCUUUGGAUUAAUAGCAAAGGCCUAGCACUGAUUUUUCUUUUUUUUUUUUUUUUUUUUGUAAUCUUAAGAAAAUUUCUUCCCCAAGUUAAAUAUUUAUCAAGUGCAAGUCAGCAGUUGCAUGAUGACUCACUAUCAAACCAAUGCAUACAUAAAAAUCAAAUACUGCUUUUUAGGAAGGUCAAGGGUCAUGCAAAAUCAUGCAAUAAUUGUUGUUAAAUGAUCAUAUAGUCAUUUUGUUUGAUUUUACACCUGGAAGUGUUUUCUUUCCUAACUUUCACUUAAAAAAAAAUUGUGAAAUGGCAUUUUUUGUUAAAAUGUCAUCCAUAUAGGCGACUACAUCAGCACAAACAGAAACGUGAUGCCUUCAUUUAGGCCACAGUUUCAGUUGGUGUUAAUAGCGUGCCUCUAAAAACACAACUCAGUUGCACCAAGAAGCAACUGUUCUGUAAAAGUGUGACUUUGCUCUUUAAAAAAAUAGAUAUAAAUGUUUGAUGACAGAUUUUUCUCCAGAGCUGUAAUAGCUUAGUUUCAUAAUAAAAAUGUUUCAUUACUAUCCCUCUGCUUCUGUUGAAGAAAUACAGCCAUGAAAGCAAACUGUGCUCUGCAUUUUGUUAAAUAUUCACAGAACUUUUUCCAAAAUGCAGACUUUUCUCACCUGGCUGUAUGUUACUGAAGGCACACUUCGAAAGCAGUGGACAAAAAGGGAAGGAAAACCAGUCAUGUCCCAAUGUACUAUUUUAAUCUUAAGAACAAGUUAAAAACCCACCUUGACUUUCAAAACACAGGUUUCAUUCAGAAAGUUAAAAAAAAAGUUCAAAUUUAUUUUAAAGUAAGCACAGGUGAGGAAAUUCUAAUAAGGUAACAUAUGCACAACUUCAAAUUGCCAGCUAGAGACACACCACAAAACGAGUUAUGACCACAAAAGGCACACUUUUGACAAAGAAUGUUUGUCUCUUUUGCAAUUGCCAAGAUUUACAUCAUCUUACUGAAAAUGACAUAACAAAUUUUUAAAGUUAUCAACUUUUACAGAAAGGAUUCUGCACAACUCUAAUGCUUAUUAACAUUUUCUAUUAUUCAGAUAAAUACAUGCCAUUUAUUAGCCUCCACACACACACAGAGAAAAGCAUAUAUUCUGACAUUCAUAUAGGAAACAUAUCUAAAAAGUUUCCUGAGUUGCUAUGAAGGAAAAAGAUCUUUGUGAAGAGAAAUUUCUGUAUUUUCUUCCUUCUGUAUAUAAUUUAGAAUAUGUAUAGCAAGUAUGGGAGAGAGAUCCCCAGCACUUAAUUUACUUGUUGGGGUUUUUUUGUUUAAGAAAUAAAUACUAGCCCAGAUUAAUUUCUGGUGAAAAAUUCAGCCAAGUUAUACCACCGAUGAAUUUAGUCUUAUGAAUCAAAGCUAAAAAAACCCCAAACCAACCAAACAAAAUCCCCACAUUUUUAAAAGCUGAUUGAGAUAUUUGUAAAGCUUCUGAGGUCCCCACAGAUGGGUGAUCUUGAGAUAAACUUAAUACCAAGUCCUUACAUAAGAUACAAAAACCCCAAGCAAACAAAAAAACCCCACUGUCCAGAGUUGUUAAUUGUUGUAGCACCUGAUGGCAAUAAUAUACAAGAAUGAAUCAAUGAUUUUUUUCCCUCUGAAUACUAGAAACAUGUGAAAAGUUUUUUAAAUGACAUCUUGUACAAAUAAUGGAGGAUCUGAGUGGAACAGAAAUUUGUCAGAUGAUAGAGCUAAGCUGUCUGUUUACAAAGCAGGAUUUAGUGAUGAAAUCAGACUGUGGAGUUACCACCGACCUUCCAUUUAGUAUACCAAAUGAAUGAUUCAGAUGUAGUAGUUUUACCAGACAAAUCCUAGGGAAAUACAAUCAAGAAUAAUAACCAGAUCCAUUAGUUGUUUACAAAUGCAUUCUUACUGGCUUAAUAAACAAAUUCUGGUGCUUCAGUGACCCCCCCCCCAAAAGAGCUGAUAUGUAAAAGUACAUUUUAAAAGUGGCAGUAUGUUCUGUUUUUAUGAAUGGAAGAGUUCGGGGUUUUUUGAACAACUUUUAAUGCAAAAUAGCAACCAGCCAUCCUACAACCAGACUGACAGACUUGAGUUUCAUUUGGUAUAAAGUAUGGAUUGAUAUUUUAGUAACUGUUUAGAAUGGCAGCAGCUCCAAAGUAGUACAGAAGGCUUUGGUCUGUUACAUUCACCAAAAGACAAAGUGCAUCCUUGGACUUCAGCAAGCAGGAAAUUAAAAAUACCAGAUUCUUUUUUGAGGCUGUUUAAGGUGAUUAUACCCAAUUAUUUUUGGGGGGUUUGCACUGUUCCUGUUUAACUAGAUUUGCCACAGCAGCCUCGAUUCUGGCUUCAGAUCCUUCUACCGAUGUAAAUAAAUCUGGAGCAAAUCCAUUACAGUGAUUUCACAUUGGUUUAGCAGGGAUCAGAAUCUAGACCAGUUUCAUCUUCCUUUAGCUCUCCUGAGUAUCACCAUUGCACAGGCUAUUUCCAAACUUAAGAAAGAGGGAUUUGCAUUCAGUGGUUUCUCACAGGCAUAAUCCAAAAGAUGCACUUUAUCUAAGCCCCUUCUAACUGGCAUUGGUAACUCUGUCAUAUUAAAGGCAAUUUCCUAAACAGAACGGCUUUAUUCUUAAAGAAUAUAGACUGUAAUUGUUGUUUGCUGCAAACAUUUACUAGUGCCUUAUUCAUACAAGCUUUUGUUUAACUGUUCCUCAUGUGAAGUCCUGCUAAAGAUCUUGUAUCUAGCUAGUACUGAGGCAUACAGCGAACUUCCUAAGUAAGACUACAUAUUGUGAUAUUUACAGGUUAGUACCUAAAACUAGAGUCACAAAAAGACAAAAAAUGAAUGAAAGAUGUUGGUCCAAACCAAAAGCACAUCUAAUCCUGAGCAUUUUUAGCCAAGCCCAGUUCUAGAACCAAAUUUCACAAAUUAUUCCUGUCUUCAUUAUCAACUAAUCCACAACACAGCUGAAUUAUUUGUCCUGCCAAGGUGUAAAAAUAAAUAAAAUCUGAAUUCCCCCAACACCUGGCUGAUAUCAAAAGCAUAACCACAAAAAUUCCUGUAGCCACAGGGUGAAGAACACAACACAGUGGCCACUUUACAAAUCUCACAUGUAAGUCUCAAGCUGCUUUGGGCCAGCUACCACUUUUUUCUGCCUGAAGCAUGAACUAGUAUCCACAACUACUCUCACCUUCUCUUUGAAGACCAGAAAAGCAUGGAUUGUGUGCCACAGCACAACCACCACAGCUGUACCCUGAAAGGAACUAAAUUUUUGUCCAGUUUUUUCCUGCUCACCUUUUU